AUGGUUCUCACAUUGGUUGGGUCGCUUGAGGAUCAUAACGUCCAUCGCAUCCUUCUCGUUGCCGCUUUCGCUCAGACAAAAGUGAAAGUUGCCCCCAUCACUGAUGGAGUGGAAAAUGCAACGGAAAGCUAUCGGCUAAACUGCCACCCGCUCGGGCGUGCGCCAGUUCUGAAGUCCGAUGAGGGUUAUUUGUUCGGCACCAACGCCAUCAUUCGGCAUUUUGCACGAACGGAGCGGCCGUAUGGUCCUCAUGGCAGUUUGCGUUACCCCACACCAGAACACACUGUACCGUAUACUCUUUAUGGUAAAAGUGAACUUGAAGUGGCAGCAGUAGAUCAAUGGCUUGCCUUCAUCAUGACAGAAGUUGAUCCGCAUGUUCUUCAGAUAGUUGAGGCGGAGAAGCGUGGCUCGAGGCGACAGGAACAAGCGGCAGCGCAGGGAGCGUGUGAUGCGGUCUUAGAGGCUCUGGGUGAUUUGGAGCAGCAACUUAAGUCAAAAAAGAAGCAACUACAAGGACACACAUGCAACGGCAGCACACACCUUAACGGUAGUGUCUGUGUGGAAGAAGCAGAUGGAGGUUUGUCGGAGGAGGAAGGUCAUAUCGCCUUUACUCCCCGCGGCACUACGGCUCUCCGUGGUUGUCACACAUACAACAUUAAGAGUUGUACGGAGGAACGACAUGAAUCCAGCUCUAUUAUGGGAAACAGUCCCCCUGACAGCAAAGAAAAGGGCAACGACGCUUCUUCCUUCCCAUGGCAAUCAUUGUGUACAGUUAAUGUAAUGUCGCCACGCGGAAGUGCAGGUACCCCACGGCCCGUAACAAUUGCACCACAACGGAAUGUAGCUCCACCAAGUGAUAUUAUUUUUUUGGUAGGUGACUCUCUCACGGCGGCAGACCUUGUCGUGUCAAUGGCCAUCGUACAGGCAGCCACAACAAAACUGCUGAUGCCACUCGUCAAGCAGAAGUGCCCAACGCUGACGCAGUACAGCAGGGUUAUCAUGCGCCUUCCCGUAGCGGAUAACCUGCGAACGGCGCUGAAGAUAAACAUCAUGUAG